ACCUCGAGACGCUCGCGCGCCACGACGACGACCUCGAGGCCCUCGCGGAGCACGGCCGGGACCCCCGCAGCCCGAGCGCGACGCCGACGAAGCUCCGGGGCGGCCGGGGCGACGCGCUCGACGGGCCGCUCGCCGCGCCGGUGCGCGCCGCGAGCGUCGAGCGCGCGCUCGACGGCGCCGCGCGCGCGCCGGCGGAGGACGCGCGGGCCGUCGCGCCGGCGCACACGCCCUGGGCGCCCGCGCCCGUCGAGGUCGGCGACCCCUUCGCGCCCCUGGGCGCGCCCGCCGAGGCGACGGUCGACGCCCCGGCCGCCGGCGCGAUCCCGGCCGUCGCCGCCGCGCCGCCGAGCGACCCGCCGCCGGAGCCGGAGCCGGAGCCCGCCGCCGCAAUCCCGGCCGUCGCCGCCGCGCCGCCGAGCGACCCGCCGCCGGAGCCGGAGCCGGAGCCCGCCGCAGCGAUCCCGGCCGUCGCCGCCGCGCCGCCGCCCCCGGCGCUCGCGCCGGCGCCCCCGGCCGCCGCUCUUCCGGCGCCGGUGCGGGUGCACCUGCCGAUCGCGCUGCCCCCCGCCGAGCUCGUCUCGCCGGCGCCGCCGAGCGUGCCGCCGCCCCCGGAGGAGCCCGAGCCCGCGUCGCCCGCGCCGCCGACGGUCCCGCCGCCCGCGCCGGAGCCCGAGCCCGCCGCCGCGGAGCCCGAGCCCGCGCCGCCGGCCGUCCCGCCGCCCGAGCCCGCCGUCGUGACCGAGGAGCCCGUGGCCGAGGAGCCGCCGGCGCCGCCGGCGCCGGCCGCGAGCCCCCGGGAGGGCGCGCUGCGGCGGCAGAGCAGCGGCGCCGGCGGGAAGAAGUGCGCCCACUGCGGCCAGACGCUGCCCCUCGGCAAGUUCAGCAAGAAGCAGUGGAAGGCCGGCCCGGGCGUCCGCAAGUGCAAGGACUGCGAGGACGACCACCACUUCUAG